AUGCCUCUACGCCUCGUUGCCCGUUACACCCUCAAAGCGCACAUAAUCUACAGAAAGAUGGCAACAGUCGCCGCAACCACCCACUAUGAUGCGAUUAUUAUCGGCUCCGGGCAAGGCGGCACGCCACUUGCCAAAGCCUUCGCUGAGGCAAAGUAUAAGACCGCUUUGAUCGAACGAGAGCACAUUGGGGGCUGCUGCGUCAACGAAGGAUGUACGCCUACCAAGACCAUGAUUGCCUCCGGACGAGUGGCGUAUCUGACGCGGCGAGGGCCCGACUACGGGGUGUAUAUGCCGGCUCGGGGCGAUAAGGAUCAGAAUUCAGUGGCCAUCGAUAUGAAAAAAGUUCGACAGCGCAAGCGCGAGAUCGUGGAGUCCUUCCGCAAGGGUGGUCAAAGCCGGUUGGAAGCGGCUGGAGUUGACAUCUUGAUGGGUGAGGCGAGUUUCAUUGAUGGGAAGACUCUGACGGUUGCGAUGCAUGAUGGCGGUAACAGGACGGUUACUGGAGAGAAGAUCGUCAUUAAUUCGGGUUGCCGACCGGCCGUGCCAGAUAUUGAGGGCAUUCAUGCGAUUCCUAAGGAGAGGAUCCUGGAUUCGACAUCGGUGAUGGAGUUGGGGAGCGUUCCCAAACACCUGGUGGUUGUUGGUGGCGGAUAUAUUGGGGUCGAAUUCGGACAGCUGUUUCGUAGACUUGGGGCGAAAGUGACGAUUCUUCAUCGAGGAACCCAGCUGUUGCCUCGUGAAGACAAGGAGCUGGCAGGCAUUUUACUCGAUAUAUUCCAAGAAUCGGGAAUUAAUGUCUUCUUGGGUACUGCCCCGGUUCGUCUAGCCCCCGCAAGCGAAGGGACAUUCGACGUUUGGACGAAAGGCAAAGAAGGCGACCGGGUCUUGCAGGGCGCCACACAUAUUCUCUUCGCAGCUGGACGUAUCCCGAACACUGAGAGUCUGAGAACGGAAGCUGCGGGCGUGAAGACGGACGAGAAGGGUUAUAUCAUCACCGAUGGGUCACUGAGGACCUCUACACCUUCAGUCUAUGCGUUGGGCGAUGUCAAAGGUCCUCCUGCGUUCACACACGUCUCUUACGACGACUUCCGGAUCCUCAAAUCCAAUCUUUUGACAUCCUGUUCUACGGCUGCCGAAUUGUCAACGAGAGAUCGGCUAAUUCCAUAUGUAGCAUUCACAGACCCUCAGUUUGCGCACGUCGGGUUACAUGAGCAAGAAGCACGGGAUAGGCAUCCCGACAAGAAAAUCCUGACUGCACUGAUGCCAAUGAGUUAUGUAGCAAGGGCUCUGGAGAUUGACGAGACCAGAGGAGCAAUGAAAGCAGUCGUCGACGGCGAGAGCGGACUCAUCCUGGGCUACUCGUGCUUGGGCGUCGAGGGAGGAGAAUUGAUGAGUGUUGUGCAAAUGGCAAUGAUGGGAGGAUUAACGUUUCGGCAACUGCAAAACGGCAUAUUUGCGCAUCCUACACUUGCAGAAUGCUUGAACAAUCUGUGGGCAUUUUUGAAAUGA